ACACAGCCUCCUCAUCACAUUCCCCACCCUCAUCUUCUAGCAGUGAGGGUAAGCCAUCAAAUUUCUCAUGGCACCAAGGAUUCAAGCAAUGGGGUAAUGGAGAUCCUGGACAUUUAUUUUCUCACCAGUGAAAAUUAAUGAAGACCCAGGAGUUACUACAGCAUUAGUGAUGAGAAGGAAGUUUUAGCAGCUAGGGUGUGUUGAAACACAGCACUUUCCUCCUGUCAAGAAAUAACUCCACCAACAUAUAUGACUCCAAAAAGCCAUCUGGAUUUGCCUCUAGCAGUGUUGCAAGCUUGCUAAUGAGGACAACUUUUAACAGAAACCAUACUAGAAACAAUUUUUCUCCAAAGGCAUUAUUUGCUCAAGAGGAAAAAAAAAAAAAACCUCUAGGAAAUGAAAGAGAAGAUAGUGGAGAAACUCAAAUGGUGAUAAUUUUUUCAACUUCAUCUAUAUCUGAAUUUUGAGACACGCUAUAAUAUUUGGGAAUUAACAGUGAGGAAAUAAGAUAGAAGCUAGAAACUAUGAAGGACUAUUUAUUUUAAAAUAUUCCUUGUCCAAUGAAUCCAUCUAAAAUACUCGCAAAUAUCCCACAAGCCAGCUGCUUUCAAAAAGACCUCUACCACUAGCACAAGAUGGUACCAUUGGCAUAUUAUGAUCAACACUUUGUGCCAUUAGAACACCCUUACCAACUGGCCACAACCAAUUCAUUAACACAUCAAUACGCAGGUGAAAAACUAAAUCAAUCCAAUAACAAGCCGGUGGUCAGAGUGCAGUCUCCUAGUAAUCACCUUGCAGCACUUCCAGGUAUCUCUAAGCAGAUGGUGCAGAGCUGCUCAGUAUUGUCCUCUGCCAAGUCUCAGGACACAAUUUCACAGGGCUUCUAUAGCAAGGUUCUGAAAGCACCAGUAUCCCAGUCCAAACGUCAGGCCACACCUUUACUAGACCUCCACCAGAGAACUUCACUGUGGCCUAAUCUGAGAGCCCUGAGCUCAUCUGUGAUACGUCAUAAACCUCAGACAACAUCUUCCCUUGACCUUAAUAAGACAUCUUCAUCACUGGAGUCCAGCCAAACAAAUUUGAGCUCACAAUUACCCCUCCCCAAACCUCAGACUACAUCUUCACUAGACUUUUGCUGGACAUCACCUUCACAGAAGUCUAAUCAAAGAGUCUCAAGUUCAUCAUUAUUCCCCUCCAAACAUCAAGAAACACCUCCCCUAGACAUCCUCUGGACAUCAUCAUCUUCAGGAUCUAAUCAAAGAGUGCUUAGCUCAACAUUACCACAAGCCAAGCCUCAGAAAGCAUCAUCAUUGGAUAGCCUUUGGACAUCUUUAUUAGAGCACAAUCAAAGAUCUUUGAGCUCACCAUCACUCAACUCUACACCUCAAAUAAAUGACUUACUUCAGUCAUCACGUUCAUUGGAAUCCAAUCAAAUGGCUCUGAGCUCACCGUUACCUGACUCUAGACCUCAGACACCACCUGCACUGAAUUGUAGUUCUUGUGUUCUGAGCUUACCAUUGUCCCACUCAAAACCAAGGAAAUCACCUUUGGCACAUUCUGUCCACCAGACUCAGAGUUUGCCAUUGUUCUCACCCAAAUCUCAGAAGGUGCUUACACUUAAUCACGACUUCAGGACCCUGAGCUCACCAGUUUGUCACUCCAACUUUCAGAACACCUCUUCACCAAAUGACAAACAGAAAGCCACAGAUUUAUCUUCACCGCAUUCUAAGCCAAAUGUCUCAGGUCCAUCAUUAUCAAGCUCCAAACAAUUUAUCAGAAAUAUAGCUGCUUCAACAUUGGGCUCCAGAUUCCAGAGUAAAAGCAGCUUUGAUCUUUGUGCAAAGACAAAAUCAAAUAAAGAAAUUCCAUGGAGCUUAAAUUACAUUUAUCCCUGCAUUGUUAAAGGUGGAACUGUCCCUGAUGAUGUCCUCAAUAAAAUUGUCAAUUCUAUCUCCAAGACCAGAAUCCAGAAGGAUCUCUGUAGGCAGGUUCUGUUUCGAAGGAUGAGGGGAAGGCCAAAUCCUUAUCCUGGUCCCCGCCUUUCAUCAAAUUAUGUGGUUUGUUUAGCUUGUGCUUCCUGCAUAAAAUCUCAGUGUAACCAUCUUACAGGAAGGAAAGACCCUCGCAGUGCAACGCUGUUUGUCAUACCAACACCUGAACUUGGUUCUGAGGGAGAAAUGGAAGUGAAAUUAGUUUUUCUCCUUUCCCUACCAGAGACUUCUCUCUCUUCUUGUUUCCCAUCCCCUGUGAAAGAAAAUCGGCCUGAUGAAGCCCCUGAAGACAACCUUGAAGGAAUGGAGAAGAUACAAAUUUUCUCUCCACCUGAACCUGAAAUCACACGAGAGCUAAAUAACAAAUGGUGGACAGCAGCCGCUGUAAACAAAGUUGUAAGCCAACAACCCCAGGCUAUUGACUGGCUGCUUUAUGUUAAGAAAAGUGGUCAUUUUCAGCCACCGGCCCUGCCUCAGUCUUCUUCCUCCUCCACGUCCUCCUCCUCCUCCUCCUCCUCCUCAUCUUCUUCCUCCUCUUCUUCUUCCACCCCACCUUCCUUACCCCCUCCUUCCAAAGAGUCUACCACAUCUACUCUCUCAGGUUGUGUAUUCACUCAGGUACUUAGUUACCACCGGUUGCCUCCAGGAGUCUCCUGGCUUGAGUUUAUAUGUAGUAAAAAUCACCAGCUACUUCCUGGAAAACCACGACAGAGUCAAUCACGACCUCCCAAAACAAGGCCUAUGAGGAAUAGCACCACAGUAAAAGGGCCAAAGGGACCAAAGAUACUGUUCAAAUUUUUCCAGAGAGUUUCAAAAUGAGAGAGAUAUUAAUUAAAUUAAUUUUUGUUUUUUUGAAAGCAAUUGACCUCUUAUCUUAGUUCUUUGAAAUUAGAGAUUGAUUUCCUAUCAUGCUUAUUAAAAUUCUUAGUAAUAACUAAGUGUGACUGUAUAUUUUAGCUGAUGAAGCACCUAGUUAAGGGGAACUAAUACUCUUAAGUCUGUUUUCUAGUUAAAUAAUAGACUAUGAUCUCCUAGACAGCAAAAACUGAAUUCCAGGUUUUAACCAAAUGCCUGGCUUAUAGUAGCCACUGUAUAAUCAUUGUUACAUGAAUUAAUCAUAAUUGGCCAUAAACCAGAAAUACCUCAUCUGUUUUGUCCUGAACAGUAUCUAGCUCAUUGUUAUUCUCCUUCCUCAUAAAACAUGAUAAUGACAGUAUCCAUAAGGCAACUUAUGCUAAUCUGUUUCCCUAUCUCUGAAGAAAAUUCAUAUCAUGUUCAACAGGUAAGAAUGUAUAUAGAGAGGAAUCUUUUCUCUAGUUAUGUGAAUCUCUUUCUAGUUAUGUGUUCCUAGGGAAAAUUCUUCUAUGCUAAGAUCCCACACUCUGAAAUCCAAUGACUUAUUCAACCUUAGUUAACAAAUCUCAGGAGAGAAGAACUUACCAGUACAAACAACCCUACCUAUUGUCUGUGCCAAUAUUUAAAUUAUAGGCUCUGAAUAUUACCUGUUCAACACUUCUAUCUAUACAUCCAA